ACUGAACCUGUGUGUCCUGCACACAUCUCCUACAUUGCAGGCCGAUUUUUUUUUUUUUUUACCUCUGAGCCACUAGGGAAGCCAGAUCAUAAGUCUAAUCCAAUAAAUAAAAUGUUUCUCUCAAUUUCUUGAGCCGCUGUCCAGACUAGUUUUGCUAGAACCCAGGGAAGGGUCUUGGGAACCCCUGAUUCAGGCCUGUUGGUCAGAAGUGACAGGUGACAACCUGGACUUGGAGUUGCUAUUUUUUUUUAAUUAAUUUUUUUUAUUGAAGGAUAAUUGCUUUACAGAAUUUUGCUGUUUUCUCCAAACCUCAACUGCAGUUGCUGUUUGAAGUGAGGGGUGGUGGCAUCCUGAGCCCAGACCACGGGGUCGGAUGCCAUCUCCAGGUUCAUGGAGUCGGAGUUGUGCCGAACAGAAGGACCCCAGCUGGUGGAAACCCUUGGGCUUAAGCCUCACUUGCUCGUCCUCAACAAAAUGGACCUGGCAGAUCUGAAGGAGCAGCAGAAAAUUAUACAACACUUAGAAAGAGAAGGCAUAAAACAUGUUGUUUUUACCAACUGUGUGAAGGAUGAAAAUGUCAAGCAGGUCAUCCCGACGGCCAUGGAGCUGGUUGGGAGCAGCUAUCGCCAUCACCGAGGAGAGCACGUGGAGUCCUGCAUCAUGGUGAUCGGGGUCCCCAACGUGGGCAAGUCCUCGCUCAUCAACUCCCUGCGGAGGCAGCACCUCAGGAAAGGAAAAGCCACCAGGGUGGGCGGCGAGCCUGGGAUCACCAGAGCUGUGAUGUCCAGGAUUCAGGUGUGUGAGCGGCCGCUGAUGUUUCUGCUUGACACCCCCGGGGUGCUGGCUCCUCGGAUUCCAAGCGUGGAGACAGGCCUGAAACUGGCCCUGUGUGGAACUGUGCUGGACCACCUCGUGGGCGAGGAGACCCUGGCUGACUUCCUUCUCUACACCCUCAACAGGCACCAGCUCUUGGGGUACGUGCAGCACUACGGCCUGGGUGAGGCCUGUGACGACAUCGCCAGCGUGCUGAAGCGAGUGGCCGUGAAGCUGAGGAAGACCCAGAAGGUGAAGGUGCUGACGGGCACGGGGAACGUGAACGUCAUCCAGCCUGACUACCCUGCAGCCGCCCGAGACUUCCUGCGGGCCUUCCGCAGCGGGCUGCUGGGCCCCGUGAUGCUGGACCGCGACCUCCUGCAGGGCCGCUCCGCAGAGGAGUCGUGAGCUGGUCUGGUGGGAGGGCCUGGCCCCUGCCCUCAGCUCUGCAGCUGGGGUUGGAUUCCCAGAGUCCUCACGCUGCUCACCGCGCUGGGUCUCUGUUCCAGGAAGGAGGCCGAGUCCUCCUGCCCCACAGCUGGCCCCUGGUCCCAGCGGACAGGCCUGGGUGUGGGCGUCAGGGCAGUGGGCAUCCCGUGUGCCAGGCCCGGGGGGGACACUCUCUGGUGUUCAGUGCCUCUCAGCUCCUUUCCUAAGGACAAGCUGGCAUUUCUCAGGAGUUGAAACCAUCAUCUGUAAUUUUAAAAUUUUAAAUUAAAAGGCCUGUCUCUGA